UAGCACGAUACAAAUGCGCGCGUGGAUUUGACUUUUCUGCUCUCGUAUUCAGAAAACUUUUGUUUGAACAGCCGCCCUCGGUUCCUUCAAGUUUAAGUGAAUUUUGAAUAUUAUAUUGGAUAUAAAACACCGACCACCGAGAAACAGUGGCAAAAACACAAUAACAGCAGCUCACCGGCGCUAUCGAGUUUCUUUGUUAGUACCAUAAGAAGCAGUCACACAAGUGAGAGUGAGUUCAACAGAUAACGCGAGUUUCCUUAUCGCGCUGCUGUUGAAUGACGGUAGCAACAGCGCUAACGACGAUGACGUCGAAACAGUGGCGAUGAUGCCAUGAGUGAUGGUUGGCGACUGCUGAAAACCGCUGAAUUCGCACGCAGUAAAUUCCGCGUACGCCGGUUGAACUGUUGCGCGAGACAUUGAGCGGAGUUCUGCGUCUGCGAUCGACGCGAGCGGACGCGUUUUAGCCUACUACUGAGGUGUACAAGUUCGUGUCUGUAGGCUGGCGUUGUGGACUGGACUUUUCAGUGCGCUUAAAUCGGUCUGACUGCUCGAACCAAUCGGUCGUCGAGUGUCUACCGGGAAUAAGGCAAAUUGUGUGAAUUUUGUUUCUUCUGUUGUUUUUGGAGAAAGUAAAAGUUGAUUAGUUGUUCUUUUUUCGGUUAACUGGAGUAGAGUCCUUGAAACAGAACACGAUGGCCAUCGAUCAUACCUUAGAGGAGCUGAUGGGAAUGUUGGGUGACUUCGGUCGGUACCAGGCGAUUCAGUUCGUGCUGCACUUGCUGGCGGCCAUAACAGCUGGCUUGCACAUGCUUUCUCUGGUGACGGUGGCAGCCAUUCCGGAACACCGGUGUUUCAUCGAUGGAGUCGAUUCGGCUAACGGCACCGAAGCUUCGAUGUUGGACUUUGACAGUCUGAGAGAAUACAUUCCACUGAACAGGGACGGUGAACUGGAUUCUUGCUCGAUGUACCAAACGGGGGCACUGACGAAUGUGACGGUCGCCUGCAGUGCGUACGUUUACAACACCACCUACUAUCACACCUCGAGGACCAUGGAAUGGGAUUUAGUUUGCGAUCGACGGUGGAUGGGAGCACUGGCCCAAACCAUUUACAUGUUGGGAGUGUUCUCAGGAGCCGUUUGGUUGGGUGGCCUUGCCGAUAAAAUAGGCCGGAAGAAGGUGUUUUGUUGGUCUGGUUUGUUGCAGUUGAUUCUAGGAGUUGCGGUUGCUUUCACUCCGGAGUACUAUUCCUUCCUGGUGCUUCGAUAUUUGUAUGGUAUUUUCGGUAGCGCCGGUAGUUAUAUUACUGGAUUCGUGCUUACUAUGGAACUCGUCGGACCUAGCAAGCGAACUCCUUGCGGCAUAUCAUUCCAGGCAGCAUUUGCUGGAGGAAUCAUACUGGUUGCGGCGUGGGGUGCCCUGAUUUCCGACAGAAUGCUCUUGCAGGUAGUCUAUGGACUACACGGAUUGCUACUGAUAGCCCAUUGGUGGGUUAUGGAUGAAUCUCCUCGCUGGUUGUGGAUGCAAAAUCGAAAACGAGAAGCUAUUGACAUAAUUGCCAAGGCCGUCCGGUUGAAUGGACGUGGCAUGAGCAUUGAUAAAGAAUAUUACUUGUCAAAAGAUAAAUCUAACUACGCUACGGAGUCCUCUGCGAAUGUUAGUGCUGGAUUGAGUGACUUGUUCAAGACACCGAAUCUUCGAAAGAUGACUCUGAACGUAUGCCUGUGUUGGUUUGCCAAUUCCAUCACAUACUAUGGUUUAUCGUUGAGUUCCGGAAAAUUGGGUGGAAACCCGUUCAUUAUCUUAUUUCUGAUGGCUCUGGUAGAAAUGCCAAGCUACAUUGCUAUUAGUUUUCUACUGGAUAAAUUGGGACGCCGCUCGAUAACCAGUUCUUUAAUGAUUGUCGGCGGAAUUUGCUGCAUUGUUGCCGCCUAUCUUACCCGGGGAAGCACCGCAUCAACUACAAUCGUUAUGUUCGGUAAGCUGUUCAUCGCCGGAUCAUUUGCCGUAAUCUACAACUACUCGGCCGAGUUGUUCCCAACCGUGGUAAGAAACUCCGCCAUGGGUCUCGGUUCGAUGUGUGCCCGUUUGGCAGGAGCAUCAACACCGAUGAUCAUUCUGUUCGAUUCGUUCGAUCCGAAAAUCCCGGCCGUUAUAUUUGGUGUGAUUUCACUUAUUUCCGGUAGUUGGGUUCUAUUUCUACCGGAAACCAACGGAAAACCUAUGCCUCAGAGCUUGCAGGACGGGGAAAACUUCGGUCGUGGCGACACGGCUUUUUCGAGCUGUCUUGGACGAAAUAAAACCCACGCGGAGGAUAUGCCUGCGGCUCAGCAAAUGGUUCCCAUGCAAACGAUAGAACGGUGAACUACGGACUAUUUUCCGUCGAUUCGGAAAAAACUAACUUUUAAAUGUGUGCCCGAUGAUGAGAGAUGUGAUAGUUGGCAUUGGAUUGGUAUACAUUGUUGUAUACCGUAGUAUGAUUUGUUGUGUGAAUACAGUUUAAUGAUAAUUGUGCAAAUAGAAUAAAACAUGUUUUAAAUUAAGCAACAAUUGUAGAGUCGAUUGGACGAUAGGACAAAAUAUUCAAAAUAAAUCAAAAUAAUUUAGUAUACUCAAAA